AUGAUCCUUGUAUUCGUUCUCAAGUUGCUGUUUCUUCUGUGCCAGUUGCAGUUCAGGUCGACCUGUGUACCAGAGUUGUCACAGCGCGCUUUCGGAGGACUCGAGUUGCAGUCCAGGCCGAUCCCAUCCCAAGUUCUACAGCUCUGUUUGUUGGAUCGACUCCUCGCGCAGCUUAUCGACAAUAAUCUUAUGUCGGGCUUUCUCGAAGAUGUGGACACCCUGAUUCUUGCGCAGGGGAGGGGUGUUAUCCCUGAGUCUCUCGUGAGGUUGGGAAGAUGUGCGCCCAAGUUGCGCAACUUCAUCCACCGUCAUCCGUACUACAGGCAUGCGUUCCCUGAAUUGUGUGGUCUCUUCAGUUGUUCCUGA